AUGUCGUCCUACGUCCUCGGUCGUGUUCAGUUUGGCGAGAAGACCCUCGAGAAUCGCAAGGUCGCGCUCGAAAAAUCGCCAUCGGUUACGCGCUUCAACGACAUCUGCGCCGAGUGCUCCUACUGCGGUGACAUAGUAUAUUUCACUGCAGGGGGAUCCUACGCUAUCGAAUUUCUCAUGGAACACCUGAAGGCGGUGCAUGGCGGUCUAUCUAUUGGCUUCCGCGGAGAAGUGUCCGCCCCAGGCGUCGCGACAACGCAUGCGCUGACCGAAGACACUCCUCUCGUGGCGUCUAAUGCCUUUGUGAGGGAAUACGGUACUACGUUCUUGGUGGGUGCGGGACGCAGGACCGCCGCAGCGGCGGUUCUCCUGGACUUCGCUGGGCAGGCAAGUGGUUCGCUAUUUGCUUCCGGCUGA